AUGGGAGUAUAUACAGAAUAUAUUGAUCAAAUAAAAAUUUUCCCUGCAGGUGGAAGCCUUCUUCAUUUGGAAGUGAGAAAUGCUUGGCUAUCGGUUGAAAGGCUGAAACCAAUGCCUCAAUUGACAUCACUGACCCUCGAAUUCAUUCGACUAGAUGAUGAAAAUUUGGCAAAGAUGAACCAGUGUUUUCCAUCUCUCCAAGUUCUAAACUUAGUCGGGGUUGGGGGGCUUAAGCAGCCUGAGAUUCGUCUCUCCCAGUUAAAGGUCUGCCACUGGACGGUAUCAAAUUUCCCAUGCUCUUUAGCUAUACAUGCACCACAUCUGACAGAGUUGAAGCUACAAUGUGUUGAACCGCAAAUUCUUCUUCUUGAAACCCCGUUAUUGUCUCAUCUUGAUCUUAAGAUUAGAAAGCCUGGCUUGAUACUCAACCCGGAAAAAAUUCAGAAUCUGAAGUUUAUUAGAUUGGAGUCCUUUUGCGUAUACUCGCUUGCACAUGUUUUACAAAAUAAAUCAGUUGAAAGGAUGGAACUUGAUGUACCUCAACCUAUAGAAAUUGAAAAUUCUUUCACCAUCAUUAACCUUGUUUGUGCGUUUCCUAAUAUUCAUGAUUUGGCAUUGGGACCAGGCGCUUGGGUUAAGCUAGAAAAUUCCUUCGUCAAUGAAUGGAUUGACCAGAGACUUGAGUGGUGGUGUUUGAGGAAACUAAUGGUUCGUCUUCCAUUGGAUUACGACUUUGCAUUUUUAUGUUUCAUGCUCAGCCUUUGUGUCCCUUUCAGCGAGGUGAUAUUGCUUAUUCAUGGUGAUGUUCCUAUUGCGGUCAAGAAUCAUGUUAUCUCAAGGUGUAAAAGCAACUUUCCGAAGAUCAUAUGGAAAUGGGGAAUGUGGAGAGUCACGUGAGAUAUCUUGGAUUUGCGAAGGAGAUUGGCCACUUUCGUAAUAUUGAAAUAUACCUCACAUCGAUGUUUCCUUGGUAUGUAAUUAUAUAUCCUGCUCCAGAGUGUUAUAUUUUUACGUUCACAGAUUCGGAAGAAGCUAAAAUGUCAUGGUGUAUGCACUGAAAAUCUCUACUUAAAUGUACCAAUGGUAUUUCUGUGGA